CCAAGCGCCGACGCGCUGGUCCCUUCUUACUGCGUCUGAUUGUCUACAUAACAGCCCCUUCCGUGUUCCCAGCGGGAGGGAUAUGAGUGUCCCCGGGCCGCCGCCUUCGGACGGGGUGCUGGCGGCCCCCCGACCCACGACGCCGGGUUUAAGUGACACUUCUCCAGAUGAAGGCUUAAUAGAGGACUUGACUGUAGAAGAUAAAGCUGUGGAGCAACUGGCAGAAGGAUUGCUUUCUCACUACCUACCAGAUCUGCAGAGAUCAAAACAAGCCCUGCAGGAACUCACGCAGAACCAAGUUGUGUUAUUAGACACACUGGAACAAGAGAUUUCAAAAUUUAAAGAAUGUCAUUCUAUGUUGGAUAUUAAUGCUUUGUUCACUGAAGCGAAACACUAUCAUGCCAAGUUGGUGAAUAUAAGGAAAGAAAUGCUGAUGCUUCAUGAAAAGACAUCUAAGUUAAAAAAAAGAGCACUUAAACUGCAGCAGAAGAGGCAAAAAGAAGAGCUGGAAAGGGAGCAGCAACGAGAGAAGGAAUUUGAGAGAGAAAAGCAGUUAACUGCCAGACCAGCGAAAAGGACAUGAACAGUUGAAUGUGUCUGCGUGUUCUUCCUUCCCCUGUCCCAUGUUUCCGGGGUUUUAAGAUGACUCAAAUGUAGACUGAAGUUAAGGUAGUGCCUUACACCUUUGUGUCCUCGUUUGAAAUCCUUUCCCCAGAAGUACUGUCUCUAUAUGUUCAUUUUAGCCAUUUAAGAAGCUGCUGCUGCUUUUUUUCCCCCCAAAGUAAAAGAUAAAAUGUCACUUGGUUGGAUAUUUAUGGGUAACUUUUCAACUUCUAUUUUGCUUAAUUUUAAAAUUCAUUAUUUUGGCUUUGAAUCAUUUAUGAACUGGAAAAUGGUUUGAUUGUUUUUUUUUAACAGUCUAGACUUUAAGUGGUUAAAAAUUAGUAUGAGUUUUUUAGCUUCCUAAUUACUGUGGAAUUAUAAGUUUCAGUUCCUUUUUUCAUGAAAUGACUUACCUCUUUUGGAAUACAAUGCUGGUUUUUGGCA